AUGAGGAGAGCUGCAGUUUUUCUGGCGUUGCUGCUCUGUCUGCUCUGGACGGGGGCUCAGGGUGAGGAUGGAGGGGGGACAGGGAAGAAAGAGGGGGAGUUUGAUAUCCAAGGAGUGAAAGCAGCCCUCGAUCAGAGCAGCAGUCAGACCCAGAUGAGCACUGACGUCUGGGCUGAGCUGAAGGAGAUCAGAGACAUGGCCAUCGAACACAGGAUCAAGAUCCAGAGGCUGGAGCAAGACAACACAGCUGACACAGCUGACAUGAGCUCCAGUGAAAAGGAGGUGGAGGAGCUCCAGAGAGAGAAUGCAGAUCUUCUGGCUCGAGUCACAGCAAGUGAGAAUAAGAGCACAGCUUUAGAGGCCAGGAUGAGCUCCAGUGAAAAGGAGGUGGAGGAGCUCCAGAGGGAGAACGCAGACCGUCCUCAGGUGGCAUUCUCAACCGGUCUCACUGAUGCAGGAUCAGUCGGACCCUUCACCACCGAUAUCACACUGAAGUUCAGUAAAGUCUUCACCAAUAUCGGCCAGGCCUAUAGCCCAACUACGGGUAUCUUCACAGCCCCCGUCAGAGGAGUCUACUACUUCAGAAUCAACGCGUGGGAAGACAGCGGUCAAACUUGGACGGGUGUUGAACUCUUUCACAACGACCAGAGAAAGAUGAGGUUUAAUGAUUACAAUGAUGGAGGUGGCUAUGUCUCUGCGUCUAACGUAAUACUUCUUCAGCUGGAGAAGGGAGAUGUUGUCUACAUCGUUCUCAUCGGAAACUACAGCAUUUAUGAUGAUUCGUAUAAUCGUACUAUUUUCAGUGGAUUUCUACUCUAUGCCCUGUGA